UUCGCUUUUUCCACACCAAAAGCGGUACUACUCAUUCCCAAAAUUCCAAGCCUCUCUCACAGUUUUCGUUGUUAGAGAGAGAGAGACAGACAGAGAGAGGGGUUGUGAUAAUGGCGUCUCCGACGUCCCCAACGUCGUCGUGCAGCUCUGCGCACUCGUCGACAUUUGCAUCGUCCAAAUUCUCGGACCUUCCGGUGAUGGCUCUCCGGGAGAAAAUCGUCGAGAAAAUCCUCGAGAAUCGCGUCACUCUCAUCGUCGGCGAGACCGGUUGCGGGAAAAGCUCGCAAAUACCGCAGUUUCUUCUGGAAGCGAAUGUGAAGCCAAUUCUAUGUACACAGCCUAGGAGGUUUGCGGUAGUAGCUGUUGCAAAAAUGGUUGCACAAGCUCGUAAUAGUGAGCUUGGUGGAGAGGUUGGAUAUCACAUAGGCCACUCAAAGCACUUGUCACCAAGAUCAGUGAUUGCUUUUAAAACUGCUGGAGUUUUACUGGAUGAAAUGCGGGACAAGGGGAUGCAUGCGCUUGAUUACAAGGUCAUUGUUCUCGAUGAAGUGCAUGAAAGAUCUGUGGAGUCUGAUCUUGUUCUUGUUUGUGUGAAGCAGUUUAUGAUGAAGAACAAUAACUUGAGGGUGGUGUUGAUGUCUGCAACUGCUGAUAUUAAUAGGUACAGGGAUUACUUUAAGGAUCUUGGCAGGGAUGAACGAGUGGAAGUGCUUGCAAUCUCUACCUCUGGCCAGAAAACCAUUUUUCAGAAAAGGGUUUCUUAUCUUGAAGAGGUGACUGAUCUUCUCAACAUCAAUUCGGAGUCGCUUUCUUUGACAUAUUGUUCAGGACCAAGUCCUUCAUUGGCCAAAGCUGAUAUGAAGCCUGAAGUGCACAAUAUUAUUCAUCAAUUGGUGUUGCAUAUUCACGAGCAAGAGCCCGACAUUGAAAAGAGCAUUUUGAUUUUUCUUCCAACAUACUAUGCCCUGGAGCAGCAAUGGUUCCUUCUGAAGCCUCUUAGUUCAUCUUUUAAAGUUCACAUUUUACAUAGCAGCAUUGAUACUGAACAAGCUCUCAUGACCAUGAAGAUCUGGAAAUCCCAUCGUAAAGUGAUACUGGCCACAAACAUUGCUGAAUCAUCAGUAACAAUUCCCAAGGUGGCUUACGUUAUUGAUUCAUGCCGAUCUUUACAAGUCUUCUGGCACACUUAUGAGAAAAGGGAAUGUGCAAGCCUUGUUUGGGUUUCUAAGUCUCAGGCUGAUCAGCGUAAAGGGAGAACUGGUCGAACAUGUGAUGGCCAGAUUUAUCGGUUGGUUACUCGAUCAUUUUAUGGCCAGCUUGAGGAUUACGAAGGUCCCUCUAUACUGAGGUUAUCAUUGAGGAUGCAAGUGCUUCACAUUUGCUGCUCUGAUUCCAAAGCCAUUAAUGAUCCCAAGGCCUUGUUGCAGAAGGCCUUAGAUCCACCACCUCCUGAUGUUAUUGAAGACGCGUUGAAUUUGCUGGUUCAUAUGCAAGCAUUGGAAAGAACACCUCCAAGGGGUCGGUAUGAGCCUACAUUUUAUGGGCGAUUGCUGGCCAGUUUCUCAUUGUCUUUUGAUGCCUCUGUGCUUGUACUUAAGUUUGGAGAUGUUGGAAUGCUGCGUGAAGGCAUUCUUCUGGGCAUAUUAAUGGAUACACAACCUCUGCCUAUUCUUCGUCCUUUUGGAGAUGAACUUCUGAGUUCACAAUAUGCUGAUAGCUACUUUAGUGGAGAUGAUUACAGUACUGGCCUAACGGGAAAGAAGGAAACAGCAUUUAUGGGAAACUUGUGCGCAUUUCAAUUUUGGCAACGUGUUUUCAAGGAUAAACACCGUGUUGAGAAUUUGAAGCAACUUCUUCAGUUUGAUGUGAUGAAAGCUACUAUAUUGGAACUUCCCAAGAUGGAAGACUGGUGCUCUUUCCAUAAUCUUGUGCACUCAUCACUGAAUCAUGUCUCUGAAAUAUAUGAAGAUAUUCUUCAUUCAGUGCACCGGUUUCGCCCCAAGUUUUUGUCCACAUCUAAUGGCUUACCAUCCUACUAUGAUCCGUAUGAAUAUGAGCAUACAUGUAUUCUUACAUGUCAACAACCAAAUGGAGAUACAGAUGCUCUUGCUACGGACGAUAGGCAUCUUCAGCCAUCUGGUGAAACAACAAAAUGUUUUGCUGUACCUUUUGUUGCUUCAGAUCACUUCCGACAGAAUGAUGUGGCUAAAAAGUUGGCAAUGAUAGUGAAACAGAUAAGAGUACCGAAUACCGAAGAUGCAUCGAGUAAUCAGGGUUUAAAUGUUGGUGACGGUUAUCAUGUCGAUGGGGAGGCUCCUGUUUGUAUUUAUUUUAUCAAUGGGUCCUGCAAAUGGGGCAGUGAAUGCAGGUUUUCUCAUUCACUCAAAGGACAGAGAACUCAGUGCAAAUUUUUCUUUACUCUAAAGGGUUGUCGAAACGGAGAGUCAUGCAUGUUUUCUCAUAAUGAGAGUCCAUCACUAACAUCAUCCAGCUCAUCUAGCUCAUCCAGCUCAAACUUUUGCCUGCCAGAAGAUGGCAAAGCUACAGCUCUGUCCCUAUUAAAUCUGUUUUCCUUUUCUUCAGAUGGAUACCUUCUUUUACUGGAUGACACCAAUCUACAUUUUACCUCAAAGUUAGCUAGCUUUUAUGAACCAUCCAAAAUAAUCUCCACAACAUGUUUGUCAGACACAUCCAUAUUUGACCCUUCAUUGACGGGUAUCCAAAUUUUGUGGGGGCUUCAUCACCCAUAUCAGACCAUCAUUUCCAAAGGAGUGAACCAGAUCCCCUGGAAAGAAGUUAAGUACGUGCUCUGGUUUCCUAAUUUUGAAAGCUACAGUGAGAAUUUGGAAAUACAGAAAACUCUCUUGCAGAGUUUCUUCGAGUAUCUUGCCAUCCGAAUGUUGGGUGAUGCCCUGGAAAUGCGAGUCAUUCUCACCAUGAACAAUAUCAGGUUUUCACAGCUGCAGGCGGAGAAGUUUGGUAGGGAUAGCUUUUUCUUCCUUAAAGAGUCAUUCCCAUUUGAUGAGAACAGCUUCGGAGAGUUGCCAGACAAGCUCAGCACAAAGAAGCCAAUGAUGGCAUCAAGGCCAACUUCCUAUGUUUUCGACCUACACCCACCUUCAGACUUUCAGUUUGGUAACUAUGCGGCCGUGCUUCAAAAAUCUCUUCGCGGUGUCCAGGAACAAGUGUGAAAGAAUCUUGUGCAUAAGCUUAGAUUGCUCUUUGCUUCUGUAGGGCAUUUUGCUGGUUACUAAUACUCUUCAUCCUCUAGUAGUUUUAUGUGGUAAUUUGGAUGAACCAUUUCAGCUCCCGCUUGCUAGUUUAAUCUCAGGCUCAUGUUAUAUAACAGAAUAGCAUCUCCUAAAGUUUAUUAUGUUCCUGGUAUA